UGACGUAGCGCAGUAUAGAAUGCAGAACGUAAUAGCAAUCGGAGUUCGGCAAUUAGCAGAUUUGGUAGCCACAUCCUAGGAUAAGAAUUUAUUUCGUUACAAUCGGCGGCAACUGAAUUCAAAGUCCCGCGACAGAAAGCUUCCUUCCAGCACUCUUUUUUUUGAGAAGCCCACAAUAAUAAUAACAAGAACAAGAACAGAAGGGUUAUUCAACCCACGACCGGCAGACUGAGCGAAGUUACAUCAAAGAGACGCCACAGGUGACAGGAUGAGCACUCUGCGGAUUUGCCAGGCCGUAUCGCUGAACCCCGCAGCUCCACCAUCGUCCUCCAGGACCUGCCUUAUGGGCUGCCGGGGUGUGAAGCCCAAUGAGUUGCGUCGUUUUCCAGUCCACGAUGCCGAUCGCUGCCACCAUUGGCUGCGUCACUUCGGAGUCAGCGAUAAACUGGUAGAUCGACUCGGCGGCCUCCAAAAGCUGCGCAUCUGCUUCAGACACUUUAGCCAACGCCAGGAGAUGGCCAAGACCCGCAUCAAGAUGACGCCGCUGCGCAAGUCCUCAUCUUCCAAGGGAGCGGGAGUAGUACUACCCAGUAAUGGAGGAACUGUCAUAUCUGUAGGUGGGACAGGGGCAGGAACAGGAGCAGGAGCGGUCAAGUCGGAGGUGGAUAAUACCACCAUUGAACUUGUGGAGACCCCCACCAGACAUCUGGAGAGUCACCACCAGGCCAAGAAGCCCAUUACCAGCAUUAUGCCCCUGCCCCAGCGUUCCCACUCCAUUAGCUCCUCGGCCUCCAGCGACGUCCAGUCCAUAAACUCCGACUAUGAAGCCUCGUUACCUCUAUCCGCCUUAGAGGAUUCCCAGAAUGGACUGAACCGCUUGGAGAACGGUCAGACCAAGAAAAGGAAGCUCUACCUGAUCACCGAAAAGUCAGAUGAGACCAAGGGCCAUACACCGAAUCUCAAUGGGCAGCCCAAGAAGCGCAAGAUGUUCGUGGUCGUGGAGCAGGAUAAGGAAGCAGCGGGCCAGAAACUGAUGAUUAUGACCGACAAGCCGCAGGCCAAUCUCACUCAACAUUUGGAGAAGCUACUGCCAGAGAUAUUGAAUCGCAUACAGGACAAGGAACACAAACAGAUCAAGCCAACUCCAGUGGUAGCCAAGUCCAAGCCAGUGGUCAACAAUCCUAGGCCACAUAUAACACUGCCGCCCAAGAAAAAUCCCACUAACUUUGUGAAGGUCACGCCCACUCCAAGUCCCGUGCCCUCGCCCAACCCGAUGCCACUUCCAAUUCCGAGUGCCAAGAUCUUGAAGACCGAGAACUUGGAUGAGAAAAUGAAUUCACAGGACAUCGAGACGAACAUAAAUCUAUCGCCCGACUUCCGCUUCCUGAUGAAGAUCCUUCCUAAAUUGGAACAGCUGCCCGAGCCACACAAGCAGAACGUCAAGCGUUCCAUCCAGAUCUUCGUCGAGAAGAGUUACAGUAUCUACGGCAACAAGGAUUAGUUACCAGUAUUUCAACACCGAUUUAAUUUCCAUUUCAUGUGAAAAAGUUCCCAUUAUUUUCGAAAGAAUCGUACAUAUAGAAGGCAUUUCAUUACAUUGUCUAAGACUGAAGCAGAAACCAAUUUAUUGUAUAAGCCAACGCAGAGCUGAUGCAGCUCCCCAUUUAGAUGAGUAAGCCAGUCCAAAAUUUGAUAUUACCCCUGGAUAUGGGUACAUUUUGAAAGAGAAGCCAUACAACUAAUUACCAGGAUUGAAGACUUUUCUAUAUUGAAUAU